AAUAAGUUUUUGCUUGUCUAGAUUUUCUUCUCCGCCAUUUAUUCCUGAAAGUCAUGAAACAAAUAAAAGGGUCUAACAAAAGGAAAGGGAGACCGUGAUCCUUUUAUAAAAAGCCAACAAAGGGAAUUAAUAAAUGAAACUAAUGAGUGUAAUUUUUUUUGCCUCUUUUCUUAUGGUAGCUCAAUCUUGUAUAAAGAGAAAUCAUCUUCUGCGUCUUCUCUCCUGUGGUAGUGGUUCUGUUUCUUCUUGGGUCCAACUCUCCAAUGCACCAUCGAUUUCGUGUUCAAGAUUAGACAUCUGUCUCCUCAAGUUGUAUUCCCCAUCUUGUGUCUUUGGUCUAGUAACACUUGACGGUCUAGAAAGGCUAGAUGGCCAAUGACUGUUGGUGGGUGACACUGGUGACACCUCACCACUCUUUGUUAGGGAUGUCAUGACAGACACAUCUGAGUCCUUGGUCUUGAGCGGAAUUAUCUCGUCAGCCUCUUUCCGUCCAGCGGUUGGGUUCUUUCUCACUGGCGUAGCCCGAGGCUUUCUUGUCAAUGGAGUUGGAGGGAGUGGUUUAUUUGGUGCGGGUACAGUACCUCGAUAUGUUCGGACCUGAGAGUUCCAUCGAUCGAUGUCUAGGUUAGCAUCCUCAUAUCUGGGGACUACUGGAGCGGGUAAAGAUGCAGGCUGGGAUCCGGGGAUUCCAAUGAAUUGUGAAAUAACCUCUGGUUCAAUCCUGUUGAAUCGGUCAGGUUGGGAUUUCCAUCCAUAGGAAUUGGCUGCCUUGGUUGCAGCGUGUCUUGCCUCAGAUUUACCAACUGUCAUGCGCUUCAUUUCCGCAGUAGGGACUGAAAAGUGUUCAGCAUCGGGUAUCUUAGCAUUCCAGAAUGAUUGUCCAAAUUCGCAGCAGAAUCCAUCAUUUGCCGAUCGGUCGAUAGGAUGACGAUCUUCUUUGAUACAUUUACCGCAUCUGAACUUGGUACGUCUGUCCUCCAUGCGUCUAUAGCCUCGGCGUUGUCGUUCACGCUCAUCAUCUUGCUCUUGAGCAAUCUGAGCGCGGAUGAUUUCGGCACCUCGUGCUUGUUGUUGGACAAGUAAGCGGCUUUGUCGGGUAGUGCAGUCUGGACACAAGCCAUCAAUAUUGUCGACGAGUUCAAGUCCUGCACACUGGAAUACAAGAUCUGUUUCAUUGUCAGAGUCACUCUCAGCUUGUUCUGCGCCCGCGCAGAGGAAGGAUUUCCAGCUGCUGCGACGAGAUGAUUUAGAUGUGUUAGAUGAAGUAGAGCUGGUGCGUUUCUUGGUCUUGGACGUCUCUCCGCCUGUGGAAACUUGGAUGGGGAUUACCUGGGUCUUUCUCAAAACGUGUCCGCACCCUCCAUACACUACCUGCACCUCGACUGGCUUGAAAGAUGUUCUGGUAGACAUGUUGGAAAUGGAGCUGGGUUUGUGUGGUGUUGUUUGUUUAAUUGAAGUAUAAAGAUAUAUAAAGUUGUAUGGCUUUGUAACUCGAAGACUGGACUUGAUGUUUCUGAGAGGAUGAGCUGGGGAAUUUACAAUGGCUAUUGUCCGAAUUAAGUAGAUUCUUCUGGCCAUUGUUUGAAGAUGAGGGUUUUGACAAAGAUUAUGUAGUUUCUUUAUCGUGAAUUGGCUUCUUUAUUAUCAAACAUGGAAUCUACAAAGAAUAAAAACGACAUUGUCGCACUUUUCUUGUCCCUUCGACAUGUCCUACGACAUGUAUCAAAAUAGAUCGAGCCUUUAGUUUAGUCUUGGCGUCGAAACCACGCGGAACUUCCCAUUGGAACGCCCGAAUAUCAUUUUCACCAAUUUAUUCCAGAACAGCAUGAGAAUCACCCCAGAACAUGUCACAACACAAGGAGAAACUUUUAUGAGAUCAUCUCAGCCCUAUCUUCUAUUCUAUUCCAGCACAUAAGCGCCACAAACGCUUCCGUCCUUGGCUGAAACGCGCUUGUCUUGAAAAUAAUCUGCUUUCUUUGACCAUACAUUCGUAUAUGAUUUUGCAUGUUUUUUUCUCUAGAUGCGACCUUUCUUUCCCCUUCAGCGUUGGGGUUACCUCUCCUCGCUCACUACCCAGAAGACUUACACUCUCGGGGUAGUUAUCAAUGGCGCCAUCAAUUUGGAGUUUGUUCACAACCAUAUGCUUAUAUCCUCACCCUAGAUGAGAAAGCACAAUUUGAAUACAACUUAACGCCAACAACAUACCAAAACUAUUGCAUUCGAAUACCCAGAUACGGAAAGAGAACGACAAAGUCCACUUCAAAUCUGUUCGAUGCUUGUAGGCUUUAUUAUGAGGUCAUAUGCAUCGACUUCAUUGUUGAUGUUGUUGAAUAUUUUCUGAACAAUACUAUGGAGUUGCAGAACAAUCCCUUUCUGGGAGUAUAAGAUUCGAGAACUUCCGGGAUAGGAUUUUGUUUUGUCAUUCUGAUCAUUAUCUUCAAAUCAUCUGCAUAAUCUUCAUCCCAUACAAGAAGUUUGUAUUUGAAUUGACGAUAUCGAAGAAUUAGCCAAACAACAACCCAACAAACCACAAGCAAUAAGCAAUCAUGCCUGUCACCAUCAAAAAGAUUGUUUAUACCUGCAGUCAUGAACUGCCUGACUUGAGCUUCCAAGCUCCCCAGAAACCGUCCGUCAUAAAGCGGAUCAAGCAAGCUCUAACUUUCACCGAAACGAUUCGAACACCCUCCUUGGAGUUGUGUCCGUAUUGUGAGCGGGAGAGAGAAGAGAAGUUGCAACGGGAGGCCGAGCAACAUAGAGCCCAGGCUCCAAUGCGGUCUCAAACGAGACCCCAAUACGCCCAUCCCUCACCACAAGCACCUCGAUCGCAGCCAACAAUCCAACAACGAAGACGGCACAACACUGUGUCUGAGCGACGACCAGUGUCGCCAGUGUCAUCGGUGUCGCCCGUCUCGGAAAUGGGAUUCGGAUCGGAUGCGGACCUGGACUCCGUUCUUCCUCCUCGGAAUCCUUACCGGGAUACCAACAUGGAACUUCUUCGAGAAGAUUUCCAUGCACGGGAUAUGGAAGAACGACUGAGGGACAGUCUAGCGAGAGAGUCCCCGGCGGACAGAAGAGCGCGGUUGUUUCGGGAAGAGAAGGUCCGCAGGGAAUGGACGGCGAGGAAUGCGACAAGAGACUAUAACGAGUUUGUCCAGGACCAAGCACCACCGUCUGCUCCUCCUGCGGACCUCAAGGAGCUCUUCCUCCAAGCUCGAAGUCCUCACAGCUCGGUAGCACCCUCGACGGAAUCCGAGACUCCGCGACUAGAUCUACGCGCCAGAGCGGCGAAGAUCAAGGAGGAGAAGGCGAUCAAGGAGCAGAGGACGAAGGCUCGUUGCCAGCUCGUGCAGAAGGAGAAGAUGGCGGUUGCGAUCUUUCUUAUGAGGAUGACUAUAUAUACCUUCGUUGGGAAUGGGCGAAAAUAA